UUGACCUGGGUGUCACCAUUUGCAGAUAAUCAUCUAAGCUGGAAGUGAUCAUUGGAGCCACUCUGAACAAGACUAGGUGUAGCAAAAAGAUGGAGAAGCCCGUUGUCGAACAAAUUGACGUCAGAACGCUUCACGACACGGAGGCGUCGCUGGUGCCCGAUGAGAAAGCGGACUACCCGCUGGCCGGAGCCAACUCCAUCUACUCGGCCAUCCUGAGCAGGAACGAGGCCGUGAAGGACGCCAAGCGUCUGAAGACCUUUCUGGAGCUGCGGGACAAAUAUGUGAAGAAGAAGGUGCUGUUUGAAGACCCUCUUUUCCCGGCCUGUGACUCCUCACUCUUCUACAGCCACAAACCUCCCAUGAAGUUUGAGUGGAAACGUCCUUCCGAAAUAUGUGAAAACCCUCACUUCAUCGUGGAUGCAGCCACCAGGACGGACAUCUGUCAGGGAGAAUUAGGCGACUGCUGGCUACUUGCCGCCAUCGCCUGUCUGACUCUGAAUGAGAAGCUUCUCCACAGAGUUAUCCCCCCCGAUCAGAGCUUCGCGGAGAACUAUGCCGGCAUCUUCCAUUUCCAGUUCUGGCGUUACGGCGAAUGGAUCGACGUGGUCGUCGACGACCGCAUCCCCACCUGCAACAACCGGCUGGUGUUCACUAAAUCUUUCCGAAAGAACGAGUACUGGAGUGCGCUUUUGGAAAAAGCUUACGCCAAGUUGAACGGCUCCUAUGAGGCCCUGAGAGGAGGGAAUACCCUGGAAGCCAUGGAGGACUUCACUGGAGGAGUCACGGAGUUCUUUGAGUUGUCCGAGGCCCCGACGGAGCUCUACCACAUCAUGAGGAAGGCCCUGCAGAGAGGCUCUCUGAUGGGCUGCUCCAUUGAUGCGACCUCAGCCAGUGAAAUGGAGUCCCGCACUGAACUUGGUCUCAUCCGAGGACAUGCGUACUCCAUCAUAGCCCUGGAGGAGUGUGACGAGGCUGCAAAGGACAGGAGGAUGCGCCUGAUUCGCCUACGUAACCCCUGGGGACAGGUGCUCUGGAAAGGACCCUGGAGCCCAAAAUCUAAGGAGUGGUCCACUCUAUCUAUUGCGGACAAGAACAAUCUGAAGAAACAGACUGUUGAGGAAAGUGAAUUCUGGAUGUCCUUUGUCGACUUCAAGAAGAACUUCACCAAGCUGGAGAUCUGCAACCUGACCCCCGACACGCUACAGGGCGACGAGAGGCACAGCUGGACGGUGUCGGUCAACGAGGGGCGCUGGGUGCGAGGCAGCUCAGCCGGUGGCUGCAGAAACCACCCAGACACAUUUUGGACAAACCCUCAGUAUCACCUGCAGCUCUAUGAGGACCAAGACCCCGAGGACCCGCAGGACUUCUGCACCGUGGUCGUGGCUCUCAUGCAGAAAGGUCGUCGCAUGCAGAAGCGCAUCGGAGCCAGGUUCCUCACCAUCGGGUUUUCCAUCUAUGAGGUGCCAAAAGAGAUGUGCGGCCAGAAUAAACAUCUGCAGAAGGACUUCUUCCUGUUCACCGCCGCCAAGGCGAAAUGCGAAAAUUACAUCAACUUACGGGAGGUGACGGAGCGCUUCAGGCUCCCCCCGGGAGAGUACGUGGUCAUCCCCACCACCUUCCAGCCUCAUCAGGAGGGAGAGUUCAUUCUCAGGGUGUUCUCCGAGAACAGGAACACGUCAGAGGAGGCAGAGAACACCAUCGGGUCGGAUCAUUUGCAGCAACCGGACAAGAAAAGGAAGGACAAGCCCAUUGUGUUUGUGUCGGACCCAGCGCACGCCAACAAAGAGAUCCAGCAUGACGGAAUCCAGGGCGAGGCGAGGAAGAAACCAAAGAAAAAACUUAUUGAACCAGAGGAAGAAACUGAGGAAGAAAAACAGUUCCAGGUCAUCUACAAACAAAUCGCCGGUGAGGACAUGCAGAUCUGUGCCAACGAGCUCCAAACCAUCAUGAAGAACGUGCUCUCCAAAUUGGACGAUAAGAAAACGGAAGGUUUCAGCCUGGAGACGUGUCGCAGUAUGAUUGCACUGAUGGAUACAGAUGGAACAGGAAAACUGAAUCUCCAGGAGUUUAAACACCUAUGGAAAAAGAUCAAGCAUUGGCAGGAGGUCUUCAAACGUUACGACAAACACCACGGCGACGCCAUCAGUAGUUUUGAAAUGAGAAAUGCCGUUAAUGAUGCAGGCUUCCACCUGAACAAACAGUUGUAUGACAUCAUCGCCAUGCGCUACGCAGACCAACACCUCAACAUAGACUUUGACAGUUACAUCUGCUGUUUUGUCAGACUGGAAGGAAUGUUCAGGGCUUUUCAUGCUUUUGACAAAGACGGAGAUGGACUGAUCAAGCUCAAUGUGCUGGAGUGGCUUCAGCUGACCAUGUAUUCCUAAUCAUCUCCAUGCAUCAAGUCAGAAAGAAAGUGGACUUCAGACCUCAGACCUAUUAUUUUAAUGUUUGGAGUUUUGCAGUAAAAGGUGAUAUGAUGAGAAAAAAACAUUUUCC